UACACCCCUGCUGACUCAAACACGCUCACCAGCGCGAUGGGCGGAUUUCAUUAUGGAUGAGGAUCUAGAUGGGAGAAGACACGACCAAAAUGGCAAUAUGGAGACAAUUUUUAAAAAUACCAAUAACCCCAUGCUUUGUAUCAUACCUGUCACUUGCAUUAGCUAUGCAGAUUUUUGUGACAUCACUAACAUAUAGGGCUACUGCCGUUGUAAAGGAAUCAUAUGUAGGAACGUCGCUUUGUGUGGCUAUGGAUGCUGAAAUAAUAUCCGCAAUGUGAAACGUCAGACUUGAACGGGCCAUAUUAACAUUAACAGUUUAAUUGCAACGGGAUUGCGAUUUGAUUUAUUGUAUCAUUCUUAAAUUAAUUGCGUCGUGGAUUUCUUUAACGCAGAGACUACUAUGGUUCAGUUCUGAACAAUAGACUGUAAUGUAGCGCUGUCGGUAGCUAAUAACGGACAGAAAACCACCACUGGAAAACGAAGGGAACUCGAGACAGAAUAUGGAGGGACUGGUGCAUUGAUUCUGUAAUACAGAUCACUGGAUCCGUGCGUUAUUUACUUCUGAAACCGACAGGACGGCGAAAUGAGCACCACUGAAAUCGCCGAAGAAGGUCCCACCGACUCGGAUACAGACGCGUUUUUCAAAACGGGUUCUUUCCGAAAUGAGGGGAUUAAGGCUUCUGAUGUCCUACCUGUUCUGAAAGAGAAGGUAGCCUUCGUGUCAGGAGGACGGGACAAGAGAGGUGGCCCAAUCUUGACAUUUCCUGCCAGAAGUAACCAUGACAGAAUAAAACAGGAGGACCUAAGGAGGCUGGUGACCUAUUUGUCUACUGUACCCAGUGAGGAUGUGUGCAAGCGCGGCUUCACCGUCAUCAUCGACAUGCGCGGGUCCAAGUGGGACCUAAUCAAGCCCCUUCUGAAGACGCUGCAGGAGGCCUUCCCGGCCGAGAUCUGUGUCGCGCUCAUCAUCAAGCCCGACACCUUUUGGCAGAAGCAGAAGACCAACUUUGGCAGUGCUAAGUUCACCUUCGAAACUAGCAUGGUGUCGGUGGAGGGGCUAGCAAAGCUUGUGGACCCAUCCCAGUUGACUGAGGACUUUGAGGGUUCGCUGGAAUAUAAUCAUGAGGAAUGGCUGGAUCUGCGUGUGUCCUUGGAGGAGUUCAUCUGCAGCGCCGCCCACCUCCUCUCCCGCCUGGAGGACCUGCAGGAGAUGCUGGCCAAGAAGGAGUUCCCGGUGGACGUGGACGGCUCGCGGCGGCUCAUCGACGAGCACACGCAGCUGAAGAAGACGGUGAUGAAGGCCCCGGUGGAGGAGCUGGACCGCGAGGGCCAGAGGCUGCUGCAGUGCAUCCGCUGCGGGGACGGCUUCUCCGGCCGCAACUGCAUCUCGGGUGGCGCCGACUUCCAGAGCGUGGUGCCCAAGAUCGCCAGCCUGCUGGACAAGCUGCACUCUACCCGCCAGCACCUGCAUCAGAUGUGGCACGUCCGCAAGCUCAAGCUGGACCAGUGCUUCCAGCUGAGGCUCUACGAGCAAGAUGCAGAGAAGAUGUUUGACUGGAUAAGUCACAACAAGCAGCUGUUCUUACAGAGCCAUACUGAGAUUGGAGUCAGAUACCAGCACGCUGUGGAUCUCCAGACACAGCACAAUCAUUUUGCCAUGAACUCUAUGAACGCCUAUGUCAACAUCAACCGGAUCAUGUCGGUGGCGUCGCGGCUAUCUGAGGCGGGCCACUAUGCCUCCCAGCAGAUCAAGCAAAUCUCCGCCCAGCUGGACCAGGAGUGGAAGAGCUUUGCUGCUGCCCUGGAUGAACGCAGCGCCAUCCUCGCCAUGUCCUCUGUCUUCCACCAGAAGGCUGAGCAGUUCCUGGCUGGGGUGGAGGUCUGGUGCAAGAUGUGCACCGAGGGUGGGCUGCCUUCUGAGAUGCAGGCCCUGGAGCUGGCCAUCCAUCACCACCAGGCACUGUACGAACAGGUCACCCAAGCCUACGCAGAGGUCAGCCAGGAUGGUAAGGCUCUGCUGGAUGUCCUGCAGAGGCCGCUGGGUCCAGAGAACUCAGAGUCUCUCACGGCCACCGCCAAUUACUCCAAAGCAGUGCAAGGCAUCCUGGACGUGGUGCACGAGGUCCUGCACCACCAGAGACGCUUGGAGAACAUCUGGCAGCACCGCAAGGUCCGCCUGCACCAACGGCUCCAGCUUUGCGUGUUCCAACAGGACGUCCAGCAGGUGAUGGAUUGGAUUGAGAACCACGGGGAGGCCUUUCUGAGCAAACACACCGGGGUGGGAAAGUCCCUGCAUCGAGCGCGGGCACUGCAGAAACGUCACGACGACUUCGAGGAGGUGGCUCAGAACACGUACACCAACGCCGACAAGCUCCUGGAGGCAGCCGAGCAGCUGGCCCAGACUGGGGAGUGCGACCCGGAGGAGAUCUACAAGGCGGCCCGGCACCUGGAGGUGCGGAUCCAGGACUUUGUUCGCAGGGUGGAGCAGAGGAAACUGCUGCUGGAUAUGUCCGUCGCCUUUCACACCCAUGCCAAAGAGCUGUGGACCUGGAUGGAAGAUCUUCAGAAGGAGCUGAUGGAGGAGGUGUGUUCAGACUCUGUGGAUUCUGUGCAGGAGCUCAUUAAACAGUUCCAGCAACAGCAGACCACCACUUUGGAGGCCACACUUAAUGUCAUCAAAGAGGGGGAGGACUUGAUCCAGCAGCUGAGGGACUCUGCGAUGUCCAGUAACAAACUGCCACACAGCAGCUCAGUCACGCACAUCGAGAGUGUACUCCAGCAGCUAGACGAAGCACAGGGGCAGAUGGAAGAGCUGUUCCAUGAGCGCAGGAUCAAGCUGGACAUCUUCCUGCAGCUCCGGAUCUUUGAGCAGUACACCAUGGAGGUGACAGCGGAGCUGGAUGCCUGGAACGAGGACCUGAUGCGGCAGGCCAGCGAUUAUGGCACGGAGGACCUGGCGGUGGCGGAGCAGCGGCUCCAGCGGCACGCGGAGCGCAAGCUGGCCAUGACCGGCAUGACCUUCGAGGUCAUCCAGCAAGGGCAGGACCUGCACCAGUACAUCAUGGAGGUGCAAGCAUCAGGCAUUGAGCUGACGGGGGAUAAGGAGGUGGAUCUGGCCGCUCAGGUGCAGGAACUGCUGGAGUUCCUUCACGAAAAGCAGCAUGAGCUGGACCUGAGCGCAGAGCAGACACAGAAACACCUGGAGCAGAGCCUGCAGCUGCGCCACCUGCAGGCCGAGGUCAAACAGGUCCUGGCAUGGAUCCGGAAUGGGGAGUCGAUGCUCAACGCCAGCGUGGUGAAUGCCAGUUCCUUGUCGGAGGCGGAGCAACUGCAGAGGGAGCACGAGCAGUUCCAGCUGGCCAUCGAGUCACUGUUCCACGCCAACUCCCUGCAGAAGACGCACCAGAGCGCGCUGCAGGUGCAGCAGAAAGCGGAGGCCAUGCUGCAGGCGGGCCACUACGACCCCGACGCCAUACGCGGCUGCGCGGAGAAAGUGGCGUUGCACUGGCAGCAGCUCAUGCUGAAGAUGGAGGACCGCCUCAAGCUGGUAAAUGCCUCGGUGGCCUUCUACAAGACAUCAGAGCAGGUGUGCAGUGUGCUGGAGAGUCUGGAACAGGAGUACAGGAGGGAUGAGGACUGGUGUGGGGGUCACGAUAAGUUUGGGGCCUGCGCAGAGACAGACCACGUAAUUCCGCUCAUCAGCAAACACCUGGAGCAGAAGGAGGCCUUCCUGAAGGCCUGCACCCUUGCCAGGAGGAACGCGGAGGUCUUUCUCAAGUACAUCCACCGAAACAACGUAAGCAUGGCUGGAGCCGCAGGCCACACCCGCGGACCGGAGCAGCAAGUCAAAGCCAUUCUCCAGGAGCUUCUGCAGAGGGAGAACAGAGUGCUACACUUCUGGACCAUGAAGAAACGUCGGCUGGACCAGUGCCAGCAGUAUGUGGUGUUUGAGCGCAAUGCCAAGCAGGCCUUAGACUGGAUCCAGGAAAGAGGAGAGUACUUCCUCUCCACACACACGUCCCCUGGGGAAACACAAGAGAGAACUCAGGAACUACUGAAGGAGUAUGGAGAGUUCAGAGUUUCUGCUAAGCAAACUCAGGAGAAGGUGAAGUUGCUCAUCCAGCUGGCGGACAGCUUCGUGGAGAAGGGACACGUCCACGUAACCGAGCUGAAGAAGUGGGUGGCCACAGUGGACAAGCGCUACCGGGACUUCUCCCUUCGCAUAGGGAAGUACCGUGCCAGCCUGGAACAGUCGUUGGGGAUCAGCUCUGAGGAUAAUAAAGACCUGGAGCUGGACAUAAUCCCAGCGAGCCUGACCGACCGUGAGGUGAAACUGCGCGACCCCAACCACGAGGUCAAUGAGGAGAAGAGGAAGUCAGCCAGGAAGAAAGAGUUUAUAAUGGCUGAACUCCUACAAACUGAAAAAGCCUAUGUCAGGGACUUGCAUGAAUGUUUAGAGACCUACAUGUGGGAGAUGACCAGUGGGGUAGAAGAAGUUCCACCAGGAAUCAUUAACAAGGAGCAUAUCAUCUUUGGAAAUAUUCAGGAAAUCUAUGAUUUCCAUAACAACAUUUUCCUUAAAGAACUGGUGAAUUAUGAACAGUUACCAGAGGAUGUGGGUCACUGUUUUGUCACAUGGGCGGAUAAAUUCCAUAUGUAUGUGACAUAUUGUAAAAACAAGCCUGAUUCCAGCCAGCUAAUCUUGGAGCACGCUGGGAGUUUCUUUGAUGAAAUUCAGCAAAGGCACAACCUGUCAAAUUCCAUCUCCUCCUACCUGAUCAAGCCGGUACAAAGGAUCACAAAGUAUCAGCUCCUGCUUAAGGAGCUCCUGGCAUGCAGUGAGGAGGGGAAAGGUGAGCUUAAGGAUGGGCUGGAGGUGAUGCUGAGUGUCCCCAAGAGAGCCAAUGAUGCCAUGCAUGUCAGCAUGCUGGAAGGAUUUGAUGAGACUCUUGAGGUCCAUGGGGAACUCAUUCUUCAAGACACUUUCCAAGUUUGGGACCCCAAGUCACUGAUCCGCAAAGGCCGGGACCGCCACCUCUUCCUCUUUGAGAUAUCGCUGGUCUUUAGCAAGGAGAUAAAAGACUCUGCAGGACGGACCAAAUAUGUCUACAAGACCAGGCUGUUGACAUCAGAGCUGGGGGUGACAGAGCACAUUGAAGGAGACCCUUGUAAAUUUGCCUUGUGGGCAGGAAGGACCCCCUCAUCCGACAACAAGACCGUCCUAAAGGCAUCCAGCAUCGAGGUGAAACAGGAGUGGAUCAAAAAUAUCCGUGAGGUGAUUCAAGAGAGGAUGGUCCACUUGAAGGGGCCACUUAAAGAGCCCAUCCACAUGCCUAAAACACCUGCCAAGCAGCGUAAUAACAACAAAAGGGACACAGGGGAUGAUGCAGACAGUCAGGGUGACGGCAGCAGCCAGCCCGACACUAUCUCCAUAGCCUCCAGAACUUCACAGAACACGGUUGACAGUGACAAGCUCUCAGGAGGUUGCGAGCUGACGGUGGUGCUCCAGGACUUCAGCGCCGGCUGCAGCAGCGAGCUCAGCAUCCAGACGGGCCAGACGGUGGAGCUCCUGGAGCGGCCCAGCGACCGCCCCGGCUGGUGCCUGGUGCGGACCACCGACCGCAGCCCCCCGCAGGAGGGCCUGGUGCCCAGCAGUGCGCUCUGCAUCUCCCACUCCCGCAGCAGUGUGGAGAUGGACUGCUUCUUCCCUGCCGGAAAAGAAAAUUAUUCGGUGAGUGGCCCAGAGGUGAAGAGCGAGUCUGUGACCAACCUGCAGUCCCAGGCCUCGGUGAGCUCCGUGCAGACCAGCUCCCCGGGCCCCAAGCGCUCCGGCAACACGCUGAAGAAGUGGCUGACCAGCCCGGUGCGCCGGCUCAGCCACGGCAAGGCCGACAGCAGCGUGAAGAAGAUCCCCACCAAGCAUAAAAAAAGGGAUGGCCGCAAGAGUGUCGACCUGGGACCGCCCCGAUUCAGCGACAGCGACAUUCCACCGCAGGACGAGAGUGCAGAUGAGCAGAGGAGCAGGAAAGAGGGCACUCUGUCCAAGUCGUCCUCUGGUAUGCAGAGCGGAGGAGAGGAGGAGCCAGAGGACGAGUCGCACCCGCCCCUCCCGCCCCCGAUGGAGAUCAUCAAAGACCCCUCGUCCCAGGAGGAGAAGACGCUGGAGCCCAGAUCUUAUGGAAAUUUCAGCCCAGUAAACCCAGCAGACCCCAGGGACCCUGAGCAGGAGCAGAAGGCCAAGGCACUGCGUGGCCGCAUGUUUGUGCUCAAUGAGCUGAUUCAGACAGAGAAGGACUACGUAAAGGACUUGGGUGUUGUGGUGGAGGGGUUUAUGAAGAGAAUAGAAGUGAAAGGUGUCCCUGAAGAUAUGAAGGGAAAAGAUAAGAUUGUUUUCGGGAACAUCCAUCAAAUCUCCGACUGGCACAGAGAGUUUUUCCUGGGAGAACUGGAGAAAUGUCUGGAAGACCACGAUCGGCUUGCAGAGCUAUUCAUAAAACAUGAGAGAAGAUUGCACAUGUACGUGGUUUACUGCCAGAACAAACCCAGGUCGGAGUACAUUGUCGCUGAAUAUGAUGCAUACUUUGAGGAGGUCCAGCAGGAAAUAAAUUCCAGACUGACUAUUAGUGACUAUCUCAUAAAGCCCAUACAGAGGAUAACUAAGUAUCAGCUGCUUCUCAAGGACUUCUUGAAGUACAGUUCAAAGGCAGGCAUGGACUGUCAGGACAUUGAGAAAGCUGUCGAUUUAAUGUUCUUGGUCCCAAAACGCUGCAACGACAUGAUGAACCUUGGCCGACUGCAAGGCUACGAGGGGAAGCUGACCAGUCAGGGAAAACUGUUGCAGCAGGACACCUUCUUUGUGACCGAGCAGGACUCGGGUGUCCUCUCCCGGAGCAAGGAACGCCGAGUCUUUCUGUUCGAGCAGAUCGUCAUCUUCAGUGAACUGCUCCGUAAGGGCUCAGCCACGCCAGGCUACCAGUUCAAGAAGAGUAUCAAGGUGAGUUACUUGAGCAUGGACUCGAACGUGGAUAACGACCCCUGUAAGUUUGUCCUGUACUGCCGUGGGUCGUCGUCAGAACGAUUCACCCUUCAGGCUGCCAAUCAGGACAUCAAGCAGGUCUGGGUCCACCACAUCAAUGAGGUGCUGGAAGCCCAGAGCAACUUCCUCUCAGCCCUUCAGUCACCAAUCGAAUAUCAGAAGAAGGAGACUUCUCUGACCCGAAACCCAUCCACCAGUGGGCGACCCUCCCAGUCCAACAGCAGACCCCAGUCCUCUUCCUCCAUGGGGGCGGAGAAGCCCCCACUCUCUGGCCGCGCCUCCACGCCUCUCAAGCUAUCUACCUCAAACGGCAGCCCCUGCUACGAUCCCCACAAGCACGGCGAGCGUUACGAGUCUUUUGGGCACGAUACAGCUGGAUGUAAUGGGAUGUCCUCUAGCAUGCUUGUGACCCAGGACUAUAUCGCACUGAAGGAGAACGAGAUCUGCGUCACCCAGGGAGAGAAGGUUCAGAUCCUGGCCUCCAACCAGCAGAACAUGUUCCUGGUAUUCCGGCCAGCUCACAGCCAUUCCCCUGCAGCAGAGGGCUGGGUCCCAGGCCACGUCCUGGGCCCGCUCACUAAGCCACUCAUCGACAGUGCUGAGGCAAAUGUGAAGUGAAGAGUCCCAGGCCUCCGCUUGAGCUGUUUGGAUUGUAGCACAGAGCAGAAGUGAUGCUGUGCACUGCCCCCCGCUGGUUGAUCCCUGCCAGCACAAUAAUCCGUGAGUGCUGGAUCCGGAUCUGAACACAGGGGAGAUCUCUUUGUACGGCUCAUUCUGUCAGUAUGUACAAAAAAGUGAUUAAUGAAUAGAUAAGUUAAAAAAGGACGGACAUAUGAGGACGGACUGUUCAUAUAGAGAAAACAGAGAAGAGUGAUCUUACAUCAAUGUGCAAGUGACUGGUCAAGAUGUUUAUUUCUGUUUCUUACAUUUCUAACAACAUUUCUCUUUACACCUUUUGGCAAAAAAGACUGAGGCCUCUUUCUCCGAAUGGAGAGAAUUUGUUAUUGUCUAUGGCAAUCUGUUUGUACAGCUUGUAUUUUUUUCCUUUAUUUUGAUUUUUUUUCUCAAAGGAAUUCUUUUUUGUAUUUUAAUUUGCCAUUACCAGAUACGUUGGCAGUUUACUGUAAAAAUCUUCUUUUUGUUAAGUAUACUCUUUCCAGUACAUUCCUGUAUAAAGUUUUUUGCACUAUUUAAGAAAAACUCAUAAUAAUGAAGUCAGGUUGUGCAAUAUAAUGAUAGUCACAAUGUUCAUCAUUGUACUUGUAACUAAUAAUUUUAAAUGUAUUAUUUUAAAUAUACUAAAAAAUUUUUGACAUGAGCAUGAUGUACGAAGAAGUAAAUUUAACAUGUUGUGCUUGAGGCAAUGGUAACUGUGAUGGAUACUACUAGGGCAGUUAGACUGCUUUUUCCCAAGAAUUCACAAGCUACUUUGGACACAUACAAUGCAUCUCUCUAUUCUUAUUUUAAAUGGAAUAUUGAAGACUCAUCAAAUCUAUUCAAGCUAUUCUUGAAUAAUGUUUAUUUUGAUUCAUAUAUCACUAAGUGGUGAAAUCUAUGCUAUUUUUCAUUAUUUGCAUCUGCAAUAGUUAAGCUUUUUAGAGUUUCUCAUUGCAGAGUAAGUAUUUCCCCAUUAAGCUAAGUUUAAAAUGUAAAUAUGUCGAUUUUAAUUGUGGCUGAUCAUUUAUUUUCUUUAAUGAUGAACAUUUCUAAAUGGUGGACUACAUUAAAGUUGAUCAUUUCUCCUC